AUGGCUUUGGCUUUGCAACGAAGGGCGAAUGUCCGACUGCCUCCUGAAGUCAACAGAAUUUUAUAUAUUCGCAAUCUACCAUAUAAAAUAUCAGCAGAAGAAAUGUAUGACAUCUUUGGAAAAUAUGGCGCUAUAAGACAAAUCCGUGUAGGAAAUACGCCUGAAACAAGAGGGACUGCUUUCGUGGUAUAUGAGGACAUUUUUGAUGCAAAAAAUGCCUGUGAUCACCUUUCUGGCUUCAAUGUCUGUAAUAGAUAUUUGGUGGUAUUAUAUUACAGAUCCAAUAAAGCAUUCAAAGGUAUGGAUAUUGAAAAGAAACAGGAAGAAAUUGAUGCCCUUAAGAAGAAAUAUGGAAUAUCUUCCGAAGACUUGCGAAAAUAA